AUGAUCAACGGCCUUAUUUUAAAAAAUAUUUAUGUUUAUUUAAUCAUUUUAUCUUCCAUGUAUCAACAAAGUUCAAUAUUGGGUAGACGUUUGACACCAUCAAUGAAUAAACAUGAUAUUGAACAGUUAUUUUCUAAAUCUAUAGACAAUAUUAAACAACUGGAUCAGUUGCAUUCAAAAGAAGAAAGGUCUCAUGGGAAAAAAUAUUCUAUAAAAAGUGCUGGAAUCACUUAUACACAACGAAUAAUAGAGGGUGAAUGUUUGGUAGAAUAUGAUGAUCGUUUGUUAGCUGAAGGUCAAAUACUUCAACAUAAAAAAAGAUUAUAUAAAGUGGAAGAUUGUUUUUUGGAACGCGCCUUUCAUGUGUGUGGACCAAAUAUUCUUUUUAUGUUAAAAAUUGUUUGUCGACUCGUUAAACAAUAUACAAAAAUAAUAAAUGGUACAAGAACAACAACAUUAUCACCACUCCAAGCAACAUUACUCGAACGUCGCGAUGUGUCCCCAAAAAUCAUUACAGAAUCGUGUUGUCUGAAUAUUUGUACAGUAUCAGAAUUAACAAGAUACUGUCCUAGAAAGACCUGA